GGAGGAAGGUAGGGGCUAAGGAGCCGGGCCUCAAGUCCGCGUGACAAUGUGGGAGGAGGGGUCCGGCGUCUGGGGCGGGGAUGGACUCCAAGGCCCUGGGCGAGACCAAGAGACCUGGGCGUGGCCAGCCAGCCAGAGGGCGGGGCCUCAGCUGUCCCCUAAGUAGGCGGCGCUCGGCUUUGCGCGGUGGCAGCUCAACUCUGGCUAGCGUGGAGAUCUGCAGGAGCCUACCUUCACCCCCACUUUUGGGGUCACUGCCACUCUGGCAGGCCAGGUUCAGACGGGCUUUGUCAUGUGCCCACUGCCCGUUCCUUCCUUAACUGAGGGCUGAUGCCUCAAAAUCUGGAGAAGAGCCAGGCCAACCCCCGCCGACGCCCUGGGCGCGACACAGGCCUGAAGAGUCCUGAGGCUGCCUCAGCCACAGCCAUGUACACCUUCCUGCCUGACAACUUCUCGUCUGUAAAGCCCAAAGCAUCAUCAAAAGAGGCGAAACCGCUGCUGGGCUCGGUAGUGCUGGGGCUGCUGCUGGUGUUGGCCGCGGUGGUAGCCUGGUGCUUCUACAGCGCCUCUCUGCGCAAGGCUGAGCGUCUGCGCGCGGAGCAGCUGGACCUUAACCUUGGAGGUUUCUCCAUCCGCAACCAGAAGGGCGAGCAGGUCUUCCGCCUGGCCUUCCGCUCCGGUGCCCUGGACCUCGACUCCUGCAGCCGCGAUGGCGCCCUGCUGGGCUGCUCCCGCACGGCGGAUGGGCGCCCGCUACACUUCUUCAUCCAGACCGUGCGUCCCAAGGACACCGUCAUGUGCUACCGCGUGCGCUGGGAGGAGGAGGAGCCGGGGCUCGCCGUGGAGCACGCCAUGUUCCUGGGGGACGAGGCGGCGCACUGGUACGGCGGCGCGGAGAUGAGGACUCAGCAUUGGCCCAUCCGGCUGGAAGGCCAGCAGGAGCCGCAGCCCUUCGUCACCAGCGACGUCUACUCCUCCGACGCCGCCUUCGGAGGCAUCCUCGAGCGCUACUGGCUCUCCUCGCGCGCGGCUGCCAUCAAGGUCAACGACUCAGUGCCCUUCCACCUGGGCUGGAACGGGACGGAGCGCUCGCUGCGGCUACAGGCGCGUUACAGCAACACGCCCUUCAAGCCACCGGCCGGCCUCCCCGCCGCGCUCGAGCUCAGCUACCGUGUGUGUGUCGGCUCAGACAUCACCUCCAUCCACAAGUACAUGGUCCGGCGCUAUUUCAAUAAGCCGUCGAAGGUGCCCGCACCCGAGACCUUCCGGGACCCCAUCUGGUCCACGUGGGUGCUGUACGGGCGGGAGGUGGACCAGGACAAGGUGCAGCGUUUCGCCCAGCAGAUCCGACAGCACCGCUUCAACAGUAGCCACCUGGAAAUCGACGACAUGUACACACCUGCUUACGGGGACUUCGACUUCGACGAGGUCAAGUUCCCCAACGCCAGCGACAUGUUCCGCCGCCUGCGCGACGCUGGAUUUCAGGUCACGCUCUGGGUGCACCCGUUCGUCAACUACAAUUCCUCGUCCUUUGGCGAGGGCGUGGAGCGAGAGCUGUUCGUGCGCGAGCCCACCGGCCGGCUGCCGGCGCUCGUGCGCUGGUGGAACGGCAUCGGCGCCGUGCUGGACUUCACGCGCCCCGAGGCCCGCGACUGGUUCCAGGGGCACCUGCGGCGGUUGCGCUCGCACUACGAGGUCGCCUCCUUCAAGUUUGACGCGGGCGAAGUCAGCUAUUUGCCGCGGGACUUCAGCACCUACAGGCCGCUGCCGGACCCCAACAUCUGGAGCCGGCGCUACACGGAGAUGGCGCUUCCCUUCUUCUCCCUGGCCGAGGUCCGCGUGGGCUACCAGUCGCAGAACAUCUCCUGCUUCUUCCGCCUGGUGGACCGCGACUCCGUGUGGGGCUACGACCUGGGGCUGCGCUCGCUCAUCCCGGCCGUGCUCACCGUCAGCAUGCUGGGCUACCCGUUCAUCCUGCCGGACAUGGUGGGUGGCAACGUGGUGCCGGAGCGCACCGCGGGCGGCGGCAAGGUGCCGGACCGCGAGCUCUACGUGCGCUGGCUGGAGGUGGCCGCGUUCAUGCCCGCUAUGCAGUUUUCGGUCCCACCCUGGCAGUACGACGCGGAAGUGGUGGCCAUCGCGCACAAGUUCACCGCCCUGAGGGCCUCGCUCGUGGCACCGCUCCUGCUGGAGCUGGCCGGGGAGGUCACGGACACUGGCGACCCCAUUGUGCGCCCCCUCUGGUGGAUCGCUCCGGGCGACGAGACAGCUCACCUCAUCGACUCGCAGUUCCUCAUCGGGGACACCCUGCUGGUGGCACCAGUGUUGGAGCCCGGCAAGCAAGAACGUGACGUCUACCUGCCCGCGGGCAAAUGGCGCAGCUAUAAGGGUGAGCUUUUUGACAAGACCCCAGUGCUGCUCACCGAUUACCCCGUCGACCUAGAUGAGAUAGCCUACUUCAUCUGGGCGUCCUGACCCAGCCCGGAGCCCGGGAACCGCACAGCUCUAACCCGCCUUCCUGCAGGCCUUUCACCCUCGUCACAACCACCCCGUGGAUCCCCAGGAAGUCUCUACCUCUGUACCACCCUCUACCUGGGUGCUAACAUAAAUGUGCUCCACCCACUCCUGCAGGGCCAGCGGAGGGCGCGGAAGCAGCCUCCCACUCCUACGCACAACCUAACAAGUCCCUUUCCUCCACUCACCCUUGUCUACAGAAACCUCCACUCACCCUUGUCUACAGAAACCUUUCUCUGGGGUGGGGGUGUGUGAGCUCCGGGGGAAAAGGUCAGUUCCUGUUACACAUGGUUGGAUUUUAAAAGCACAAAAGAAAAACCUCACUCUCCAUUCUGGCCUGAGUAGCCAUCUUAUCCUUCUGAAGUGGGGACUUGAUCCUCCUUCAGGUCCCAAAAUAGCCCCCGGCCACACUAAGAAAGGGCAUAUUCUUGGAGUUGGAAGCCAGGCCCUGAGUUCUCAGCCCUGGCCUCAACUGUGACUGACCUGGUCCCACCCCAGCUGCCGGGAAGAGAUGGGAGUACUUGGCCAACUGGAGGGCUUGAUUCAGCGCAGCGCUAUCAUCGUUGUCCCUCAUUUGUGAAGAGACUCCUAACACUGCACUAACCAUCUGUGUACACACAUGCACUCAGCCUUGUGUACACAUAUGUGCUCAGCACAAAGACUUGCAAGACCACGCAGGCCAGACUUGGUGCCUUACCCCAAGACCGUGUGUGUGUGUGUGUGUGUGUGUGUGUGUGUGUGUGUGUGUGUGAGAGAGAGAGAGAGAGAGAGAGAGAGAGAGAGAGAGAGAGAGAGGCGGGGGAGGGGGGAGGGAGGCAUCAUGUGUCAUCCCUGGAUCUGCAGAAUGAACACAACACCCCUGAAGCUGGGUAACCCUGGAGGUAGGGGGCAGGGAGCAAAUUUGAGGCUUUGAUUGUUGACUUGGCCUCUUCCCAGGCAAUGUCCCUGGAACUCUGGUAGGAAAUAAACAGCCCCUUCAUGAUUGCUCAGCUGCCUCACUCCCUGCACAGGUGGCAGGGGUGUGGCCUAAAAGGAAGGGAUAGUCUUAUUCUGGUGGCGGUGUGCUUCAUUCAGCACACGCACCACACGUGCACAUCUCUGCUUGCAAAUACACAUACAGGGUAAGGUCUUUCAUUUCAGCCGUUUUUCCGUUCUAAGAAGAUCAGUCUCAGCCAGAGCAUUUUUUUUUUUUCUGACUUCACAGCUAAGUCUGGAGAAGUUGCUUGCCAGAGCCCGGAGGUGGGAAACAGGGCAGGGCUCAGCCUCCAUCUACAGGUUGGACAGCAGAACCAGUCCCUCAGCCCCUAGAGAAUACAUCUCUUUGCCCAGCCCUCCACCCCUCUAUUUUCUCAGUGUGAAGAAUGCCUAAUACAAUUUUAAGGGAACUCACAGGUGCCUAUCUAUCUCCCGUGCUGACUCUACCACUCUUCAAAAAGCUGUGUGACCUUGAGCAAGCUGCUUAACCUCUCUGAGCCUCAUUUUCCUCAUAUGUAAAAUGGUGAUAAUAAUGUCCAACUCCCAGGUUGUUGUGGGAAUUAUAAGCACAGAUGUACGUAAAGUGCCUGGCACAAGUAGGUGCUCAAUAAAAGGUAGCUAUUACAA